AGAAGACAGUCUUAUAAGAGACAGAAUCGUUUUGGGAGUCCCUGACGUGUCUGUACGUAAGCGUCUCCUACAGGAGCCAGAUUUGACUCUAGCCAAGGCUAUUUCAGUUGUCAAAGCACACGAGGCGACACAAAAACAGAUGAAGGACUUCGCCGGAGACACCAACGCCGAGGUUCACGCACUACAAAGGCGUCCCCCGGUACAACGCAGUCUUGCUGCGGCUAACAGACAUGAAACGCCAAGGCCCCGCGAGUGCAAAUUCUGUGGGAGAAUGCACCCAUUCAAAAAGGAGAGCUGCCCUGCAUGGGGAAAAGCCUGUCAAGCAUGUGGCCGACGGAACCACUUUGCAACGAAAUGCCGGUACGCAGAAGUGCGUCUACUUGAGCCGGAUGCAGUCCAGGACGGCUGUGUAGAAGACGGCGCGAGUCAGCACCAAACGGAGAACACUCUGACUCUGGAGAUCGGUGCUCUGUCAUCGCGAGACGCAGGCAAGCUGUUCGCAAACUUGCUGCUGGGAAGUGACCACUUACAGCGGUUCCAGCUGGAUACGGGUGCGUCUGCCAACAUAAUACCGCAGCACGUCUACAAAAAAGCUUGUGUGGACAGCAACAUGAAGAAGCUUAAGCGGUGUGAUAUAUCGCUCGUCAUGUUCAACAAAAGCACAACCAAAGUCGUUGGCAAAGCCGAGAUAGACGUUCUGAACCCGAAGAAUGGGUCAAGAUAUGUGGUGGAAUUUUUGGUGGUACGCGAAGACUUCACCCCACUGCUUGGGCUGAACACACUGCAGACAAUGGAGUUGAUCGAAGUAAGGUCGGAGAACAUCGACUACGUGAAUGAUUUAGAUGUAAAUGAGAGCAAAGAGACUGGCUUCUACAAAAAUGAAGCAAGAGGAAACAGGGCUGGUGAGAAGAGCAGAGCUGCAAAAGCAGACCUGAAGGUACACAAGCAAGCGCUACCGGAAAGAAGCACAAACAAAGAAGCAGAGAAAAAAGACUUCUCAACAAAUGAUUUACAUGCGCAGUACCGGGAUAUCUUCACUGGGGUCGGAAAGCUACCCGGAAAGCUUCAUAUCCAAACUGAUGAGUCAGUGAGACCAGUACAACUAGCUGCAAGAUCGGUUCCAGAAGCAAUGAAGCAGGACAUCAAGGACGAGCUGGACCGUUUGGUAAAAGACGGCAUCAUUUCGACGGUGUCAGAACCGACUGACUGGGUCUCCGCCAUGGUAGCCGUAAGCAAGCCCACAAAAGGAAUUCGGAUCUGUAUCGAUCCACAGCCAUUAAACACGGCCAUCAAACGAAACCACUAUCCGCUGCCCACGAUAGAAGACUUGACUCCCGCACUAGCAAACGCUAAAGUGUUCACAGUCUGCGACGCCAAAAGUGGGUACUGGCAUGUCGAGCUGGACACGGCCAGUAGCUACCUCACGACGUUCGCUACACCGUGGGGUAGGUAUCGCUGGCGACGCAUGCCGUUUGGCCUGUGUCUAGCGUCCGAAGAAUUCCAGCGAAGACUCCAUCAAGCUCUCGAAGGCUUGGAAGGCGUGAUGGCAAUAGCAGACGACAUACUCGUCUACGGGAACGGUGCCUCUCACUCAGAAGCCGUGGAAGAUCAUGAUAGAAAACUGUUAUGUCUACUAGAAAGAUCCUGACAAGGUAAAGGCAGUCAAGAACAUGCCUGCCCCAGAGGACCGCAAAGGUGUGCAAAGAGUGCUUGGCCUGGUGAACUAUCUACAGCGGUUCGCCCCCAACCUCGCGGAAGCCUCUGCACCUCUCAGAUCGCUUCUCAAGAAAGAAAAUGCAUUCAUCUAUGAGGAGGUACACAAGCGGUCAUUGGAAAACAUCAAGGAGAUCAUAACUCAAGAUCCCGUGUUGAAGUACUAUGAUGUCAAGAGAGAGGUUGUGGUACAGGUUGAUGCAUCCAGCCAUGGGCUGGGAGCCUGUCUUAUGCAAGACGGCCAGCCGGUAGCAUAUGCAUCAAGAGCGCUCAAUGAGACCGAAAAGAACUACGCUCAAAUCGAAAAGGAGCUUUUGGCUAUUGUGUAUGGACUCAACAAGUUUGAACGCUUCACCCAAGGAAAGAAAACUAAGGUGGAGUCAGAUCACAAACCUCUCGAGUCGAUCAUGAAAAAGCCGCUGGUGAGCGCACCAAAACGACUCCAAAGAAUGAUGCUCCAGCUGCAGAAGUAUGAUUUUGAAGUUGUCUACAAACGUGGCCAGGAGAUGUACAUAGCGGAUGCUCUCAGCCGAGCACAUGAGGCCGAGGCUACAGACGACAAACUCAAGGGUCAUGUAUGCCUCCUAGAAGAAAUUUCGUCAGACGAAGUGGAAAUAAGAAACAUGAAUGCCUUGGAACACAGUCCGGUGUCAGACAGAACGACAAAGCUCAUUCUGCAAGCUACAGAAGAAGAUCAAGAGAUGCAAGAAAUGAUCAGAAUGAUCAAGAACGGUUGGCCCGGCAGCAAGAAGCAGCUAUCUGACCAGCUGAGACCGUACUACAACGUCAAAGAAGAGCUUUCCACUAGGGAUGGGUUUGUCCUGAGAGGCGAGCAGAUCGUGAUCCCAAGGUCCAUCCGCCACAUCUUGAAAGAGCGAGUGCAUUCGGCACACAUCGGACUGCAGGGAUGCCUCAGAAGAGCUCGUGAGGCGAUAUACUGGCCAGGUAUGACGGAGGAACUGAAGGAGCUGGUCACCAGGUGCAGUGUAUGUCUGGAGUACGGUAGAAAACAACAACGGGAGACACUGAGCUCGCAAGAUAUACCACAGCGACCAUGGCAGUACAUAGCUUGCGACAUGAUGGAGUUCAAGAACCACUCGUAUCUGGUGACAGUUGAUACAUUCUCGGAUUUCAUUGAAUGUGAUAGGCUUAGUGACAAGAGAGGAAGUGAAGUGAUAAGGAUCUUAAAGUCCCAGAUGGCAAGACACGGAUUGCCCGAAAAAAUGAUGACGGACAACGGGCCGCCCUUCAAUUCAGCUGAGUUCAGACAAUUCGCUGAGAAGUUCGACUUCAGACAUCAGACGAGCUCGCCAGGAUAUCCCCAGUCAAAUGGCAAGGCGGAAAGUGCUGUGAAGAUCCUCAAGAAUCUCAUGAUAAAGGCAGAAGCGGACGGCCGAGAUGCCUACUUGGCGCUGCUCGACUGGCGCAACACACCGACCGAAAGCAUCGGUAGCUCACCGGCACAAAGAUUGUUCGGUCGCCGCACACGCACACUGCUCCCAACUACAAAGUCACUUCUCAAACCCAAGACAGUGCGCGACGUCCCCAGCCGAUUAGCUGAUCGCCAGCAGAAGCAGGCCGUCUAUUACAACAGAGGUGCAAAGGAUCUUCCGAUGCUCAGCGAAGGGGAGCAUGUCUACAUGGCCCCUGCACCAGGACGUAACCAGUGGAGGGCGGCUACCG